AUUGGCUGAGCAGAACUGUCCGUCUUCUCGUGUUUCGCAGCGCGGCGCGGAGCGGUGGCGCGCGGCCUGUAAAGAGACAGUCUUCAAGCCUGCAGUCAGGAGAAGAUGGCGGUCGCAGUGAGAACUUUGCAGGAGCAGCUAGAAAAGGCCAAAGAGAGUCUAAAAAAUGUGGAUGAGAAUAUUCGCAAGCUCACCGGACGGGAUCCAAAUGACGUGAGGCCCAUCCAAGCCAGGUUGCUAGCCCUUUCUGGUCCUGGUGGAGGUAGAGGACGCGGUAGUUUAUUGCUGAGGCGUGGAUUCUCAGAUAGUGGAGGAGGACCCCCAGCCAAACAGCGAGAUCUUGAAGGGGCAGUCAGUAGGCUGGGCGGGGAGCGUCGGACCAGGAGAGAAUCACGCCAAGAAAGUGACCCAGAAGAUGAUGAUGUUAAAAAGCCAGCAUUACAGUCUUCAGUUGUAGCUACCUCCAAAGAGCGUACACGUAGAGACCUUAUCCAGGAUCAAAAUAUGGACGAAAAGGGAAAGCAAAGGAAUCGACGAAUAUUUGGCUUGUUGAUGGGCACUCUUCAGAAAUUUAAACAGGAAUCCACAGUUGCUACUGAAAGGCAAAAGAGGCGCCAGGAAAUCGAACAGAAACUUGAAGUGCAGGCAGAAGAAGAGAGAAAGCAGGUUGAAAAUGAGAGGAGAGAACUAUUUGAGGAAAGACGUGCUAAACAGACAGAACUGCGACUUUUGGAACAGAAAGUUGAGCUUGCGCAGUUGCAAGAAGAAUGGAAUGAGCAUAAUGCCAAGAUAAUUAAAUAUAUAAGGACUAAGACAAAGCCCCAUUUGUUCUAUAUUCCUGGAAGAAUGUGUCCAGCUACCCAAAAACUAAUAGAAGAGUCACAGAGAAAAAUGAAUGCUUUAUUUGAAGGUAGACGCAUCGAAUUUGCAGAACAAAUAAAUAAAAUGGAGGCUAGGCCUAGAAGACAAUCAAUGAAGGAAAAAGAGCAUCAGGUGGUGCGUAAUGAAGAACAGAAGGCGGAACAAGAAGAGGGUAAGGUGGCUCAGCGUGAGGAAGAGUUGGAGGAGACAGGUAAUCAGCACAAUGAUGUAGAGAUAGAGGAAGAGGAAAAGGAAGUAGGUAUAGUUCAUAGUGAUCCAGAGAAAGAACAGGAGGAGGAGGAACAAAAACAGGAAAUGGAAGUUAAGGUGGAGGAGGAAAUUGAAGUCAGGGAAAGUGAAAAACAACAGGAUAGUCAGCCUGAAGAAGUUAUGGAUGUGUUAGAGAUGGUUGAAAAUGUCAAAAAUGUAAUUGCAGAACAGGAGAUAAUGGAAACUAAUCAAGUUGAAAGUGUAGAACCUUCAGAAAAUGAAACCAGCAAAGAAAUGGAGCCAGAGGUGGAGUUCGAAGUUGAGCCAGAUAAAGAAUGUAAAUCUCUUUCUCCUGGAAAAGAGAAUGCUAGUGCUGUAGAAAUAGAAAAGGAACCAGAGGAAAAUGAAGAAAAGGAAUCUGAGCCCCAGCCAGAGCCUGUGGUUCAACCUCAGCCCCAACUCCAAUCUCAUUCCCAGUCUCAGUCCCAACCAGUGCUCCAGCCCCCAUCUCACUUGCAGUCUGAAACUUUGCCAUUAGCUGUUUUACAGUUACCAACUCAGAUUGUUCAGGAGCAAGGACAUUUACUACCUGAGAGGAAGGAAUUUCCUGUAGAAUCUGUAAAACUCACUGAAGUAUCACUAGAGUCAGUCUUAACAGUACAUACAGAGAGCAAAGGCAAAACCAAAACUAGGAGCAGAAGCAGAGGUCGAGCUAGAAAUAAAAGUAGCAAGAGUAGAAGUGGAAGCAGUAGCAGUAGUAGUUCUAGUAGUAGUUCAACCAGUAGUAGCAGUGGAAGCAGUUCCAGCAGUGGCAGUAGUAGUAGCCGAAGUACUUCCAGUAGUAGCUCCAGUACAAGUGGUAGCAGCAGCCGAGACAGUAGCAGCAGCACUUCUAGUAGUAGUGAGAGUAGAAGUCGAAGUAGGGGCCGGGGACAUAACAGAGAUAGAAAGCACAGAAGGAGCGUGGAUCGGAAGCGAAGGGAUACUUCAGGACUAGAAAGAAGUCACAAAUCUUCUAAAGGUGGUAGUAGUAGAGAUACAAAAGGAUCAAAGGAUAAGAAUUCCAGGUCCGACAGAAAAAGGUCUAUAUCAGAGAGUAGUCGAUCAGGCAAAAGAUCUUCAAGAAGUGAAAGAGACCGAAAAUCAGACAGGAAAGACAAAAGGCGUUAAUGGAAGAAGCCAGGCUUUCUUAGCCUAUUCUUUGCAGCAGAAGAUUUCUUGAGUAAAAGGAUUACCUUUCCUUGUAAGGAGGAUGCUGCCUUAAGAAUUGCAUGUUGUAAAAAAAUCUUUUUGGAAAAUACAGACUUUGUUUACCAGACAUUCUUGUACUUUUUGCAUAAUUUUGUAAGAGUUAUUUAUCAAAAUUAUGUGAGGUUCCAAAAUAUGUAAAAAAUAAUAAUAAAAAAAGAUUAACAUCCCUUGUCAUCUUUUUUAAAUAUCCUAUACUCUUCAGUAAGAAUCUGUAUAUUUUAAUAGGUAAAUCUUUAAACUCUGUUCCUGUCUAAUUCUGUAUCAUACAUUGCUUUUGUAGAAAUAAAUGUGCGUUUCAUUACAUUUGAGAUGUCCUCGUUGACACUUGUGUAAUAAAUACUCUCAAUAUCAUUUUCAGCUUUUAUCACUAGAUACUGAACAUGAUUAUAAUGUUUUUGAAGGUUUCUUCACUUGGAUGAUUAUUUUGAGUUUUCAAAGUCAGAUCUUUUGGGCUUUGAUAGGGAACUUCGUUCUCUUUAUUUUAAAAUCAUUUACUAUUUUUUAAUCUCGUUAUUUUAACAUGAGCAUUUUUCCCUGUUCCUCAUAUUUAAGCCAGAUGUUAAGGCUCAGUAGAUAAAAGUGAUAAAUCUGGUUGGCAGAUUUAUCUUUUUGAUUAUGGGAACAUCAUUCUUUUGUCUCCAUAGUUAACUCGCGUGAUGCAGCUUAUACAUCUGUUAGAAAAUCACUCUACGGGAGGGAAGUAGAAAAGUAUCUUCUAAACUUGGUUUUUGAGUUUGUGAUCUUGUCUUAACUUUUGUCUUGACUCUUAACUGAAACAUGCCAAUACGUGUUUUCAAUAAUUUUUGUUUUAAGGAAGUAUUGUAUGACAGUUGAUAAAAUGAGAGGAGUUCAUCUAGACUUGAAUAUGUAAGCAAGAUAGCACAUAAGUGUACCAAGUGAUUAUACUUUGUUCGAUUUAUAAAUUUGUAUGAAUUUGAGUAUCUGUUGCCCAUUAUUAUACAUGUGCAAAUAAAUGUGGCUUAGACUUGGACUGCUUAAGACUA